UUUGUAUCUGGCAACCAUGCUGGAGGAAAAAUCUCUGCUUGCUCACUGCUUUUUCCCUCGUCCAUAGACACGCUGGACAGAUGUGCAGUGCGACUUGAGGACUUGGUGUGUGUGUGUAUUAACCCGGUUCUUCCCUCCGUGAUGUCGCGCUCGAGACUGAUCGUGGGUGCGGUGCUCGCGCUGUGGGCGUGCGGCUCGUGCAGCCCCAGCCCGGUGGAGGACGUGCUCGUGGACUCGUACUCCCGGCCGAAGCGCUGCAUCAGGGAGGUGAAGAGAGGAGAUCUGGUGCGGUAUCACUACAACGCCACGUUUGCUGACGGCAGGCAGUUUGACUCCAGUUAUGACAAAGACACAGCGUUCUUCGUAAAGGUCGGUGAUGGACGUCAGAUUGCCGGAGUGGACAAAGGCAUCUUAGGAAUGUGUGUGAAUGAGCGCAGGAAGAUCACAGUCCCACCACACCUGGCUUAUGGAAGUCAAGGAGCAGGUGACACCAUUCCUCCUGACUCGACUCUGGUGUUUGACCUUGUCCUGUUUGAUGUCUUCAACAUGGCUGACCACGUAAAGACGCAGGUGUUAAAGACACCACAGAACUGCACACGCUCAGUCAUUAAGACCGAUUUCGUCCGAUUUCACUUCAACGGAAGUCUGCUAAACGGCACACAGUUUGACUCCAGUUACGAUCGCUCUCAGACAGAGGACAAUGUAGUUGGAGAUGGCUGGAUGAUUAAAGGACUGGAUGAAGGGCUGUUGGGGAUGUGUGUGGGGGAAAUCAGAAACUUCGUCAUCCCUCCAUUCCUGGCCUUUGGAGCGAAAGGAUACGGGAAGGAGAUCCCGCCUCAUGCCACGGUGGUGUACGACAUCCUGCUCGUCGACCUGCACAAUCCAAAAGACGACAUCAAUGUGGAGAUUCAGGAAAUCCCUGAACCCUGUACACGCAAAUCUAUAAUGGGAGAUUACAUUCGUUAUCACUAUAACGGCACCUUCCUCAACGGAGCCACCUUCGACAGCAGUUACAAGCAUAACAGUACGUACAACACAUACAUUGGGCUGGGCUAUGUGAUCUUGGGCAUGGAUAAAGGGCUGCAGGGAGUGUGUAUGGGCGAGAGGAGGAGGAUCACCAUGCCUCCGCACCUUGCGUACGGACAGCAAGGAGCAGGUAAGGAAAUCCCUGCCUCAGCCGUGCUGGUGUUUGAUAUCCACGUGAUCGACUUCCACAACCCGAAAGACUCCGUGCAGGUGGACGUGACGUUCAGACCGGAGGUGUGUAAUGAGACCAGCCAAGUUAAUGACUAUAUCCAGUAUCACUACAACUGCACAUUGAUGGACGGCACAUUGCUCUUCACAUCGAGUGAUUACAGUGUUCCUCAGGAUGUGCUGUUAGGUGGAAAUAAAGUAAUCGAUGGUCUGGAUGAAGGUCUGAGAGGGAUGUGUGUGGGUGAGAGAAGGGUCAUCAUCAUCCCUCCACACCUGGGACAUGGAGAGAGAGGAGCGGGGGCUGUUCCAGGCAGUGCUGUGCUGCGUUUUGAGCUCGAGCUCCUCUCCUUGCAGAAAGGUGUUCCUGAAGGUUAUCUGUUUGUUUGGCUGGAUGAGACGCCCAAGGAGAUUUUUGAGGCUAUGGACAUAAAUCAGGAUAAAGAAAUUCCACUGGAGGAGUUCUCAGAGUUCAUUAAGCGGCAAGUGGCAGAGGGCAAAGGUCGUCUGAAACCAGCCCGGGAUCCCGAAAGCGUCAUUGGAGACAUGUUUAAGAACCAGGACCGGAACGGAGACGGACGAAUUACAGCCGAUGAACUGAAACUCAAAGUAGAGGAAGACCGUGAGAAAGAAAAGAUUCCACAUGAAGAACUGUGAGAGAAUCUCGACAAGAAAUACAGCCUGAAAUUUUAUUCUCACAUGUGCACACACUAAACAAUGCCAUUCAGAGAUGAAAACCACUCAGGAUUUUGUCUUUUAAAAAACAAACAAACAUCAGCAACGAGAGUGUACUUGCACUGUUUUUAAUGUUUUAUUUUUACACAAGAAAAUGUUGGCCUUCUGUCUUCAUUCCAUACACAUGAAAAGACUUAAGAGAUUCAUUUUUUCAUUUUGUAUUAAGUGUUGUGUGAACUGAAAAAUGUUCAUAGUAUAAACCAUGCAGGGUUUUUUUUUUUUUUAAAUUAAAAUUACCUUUGUUGUAAAUCUGGUAUCUAAAAUCUGAGAUGUUACUGUAGUUGCAGUUCACCGGUCAGCCAGCAGAGGGCACAGAACAAGCUAAAGCGUGUUAAUGCCACAUCCAUCCAUUCACACUGGAACAAAUAAAUAAAAUGGCAAUAUAACUGAGGUCAUAAACACAGAGGACUUGGGCUUUAGUCAAAAUUGAAAGGGGGGGGGAUUCUUAUUUACUCAUUCUGAUAGCAUUAUAACAUUUGUACAGUACAGGAACAUACGGAGAUGGAGAACAUCUUUUACACUCUUGACAAUAUGCAAGUUUUUUUUUUUUUAAAUAUAAAAGAACAAAUAAUUUACAGAAUUCUUGGGGUUUUUGUGCACAAAAUAUUCAGGUGGUCCCUUUUUCAACAUUAAGAUUGAACUUUCAUUAAAACAGCAAUAUGCAAUUGCUGUUUUAAUGAAAACAGCAAUAUUUCCUAAAUGUUUUCAUUUAGGAAAAUUGAGCUUAUACGUGUAAAGUGUAACUGUUCAAGGAGGUAAAAUGCCGUUUGGACAAUUUAAAUCUUUUUAAAAGAUUAUAAAGGGAGGAAAAACCCACUAAAAUUAUAACCGAUGAACACUGAAGAUGCUGAAAGGAUUUUUAUAUUCUGUACGUUAUGCUGUUAAACUACAGAUGGGCGUUUUAAUGUCGGACCUAAAAUAUCUAAAAUUAAGAUAUUAAAACCUCAGUAUUUGAGAGAAACUGACAACAUUUCAUAAAAAUUUUAAAUCUAAGAAAAGGCAAAUUAUUACAGAGGUUUUGAUUAAAAAAAACAUUUUAAAAUCAGGAGUUGGUGCAUGAAGUAAUUUCAAAAUGUGAAAAUUAUGAACCCACUCUGAUAAAUCGUAUGAAAAAUGAGCUGAUCGAUAUCACGGUCCCUUUUUUCUGCUGAUCUUUGACCCUCAGCUUAAUCCUGAUUGGCUGGGUGACCAUUCCGACAGUCACGAGGCCUCAUUUCCCCGCUGUGAUGUAUUUAAGAAUUGCGUUUGGGAUGUCUAGCGUCUCGUCCUUCUCCAGCACGAUGUCAUAAGAGCUGACGAACGCCUCUCUCCUCUCCUCGACCUGUAAAUGUCAUAAAAGCAAUAUGGUAAAUGUUAUAUACUGUAUAAAACAAAGUAAAACGAUCUAUAACAACUUGAAGUAAAAUAUUUUCUGUAGGAGUUUAUCAAUCUCUCGCAUCAUUUUGGAGAAUUUUGGCCCACUCUCCUUCUUUGCUUCAGCUGACUGAUGUUUGUAUGCAUUUGUUCAUACACACCUGAAAAUCCUGCUGCAGCAUCACAAUGGGCUUGAGGUGUGAAUAUUGAUUUGGCCAUUCCAACACCUUCAUUGUUUGUCUUCUUUAGCCACAGAUGCUAAUUUGCUAGUGUACCUAGGAUCAUUGUCCAGUUGUAUGACCUAAAGCUGCUGGACAGAGGACCUCAGAUUUGUUUCAAGAAUAUUCUGCUAUAAAGAAAAGUUUAUCAUUGUC